AGUGGGAGGGAGGAACCGACAGAACAACAUAGCAACAACCUUAUAAAGGGAAAGAUGCUCCCUCUCUCUGGCUUCAGUUCAAACAGCAAGUGAAGUCAACACCACUGUCCUCUCAGACAACAUGCUCAGCCUUAUUAAACUGCCCAGAGUCUUCACCAUCAACCAAGUCCCAAAAGUGUUCCAUGAGGACAGCAUCAUCUCAGGCUACCGACACCCUCGCAGCUCAGCCACUGACUGCAUCCUCAGCCUCUUCCAGCUGACCAAUGAAACGCUCAAUAUCUGGACACACUUCCUGCCCACAUGGUACUUCUCAUGGAAGCUGCUGACGGUGGUCCUGACGCGAGACGUGUGGAGCGACUCGUUCACAUGGCCCCUCCUGGUGUUCCUGAUGUCGUGCUGUGUGUACCCGCUGGCCUCUAGCUGUGCCCACACCUUCAGCACCAUGUCAACACGCGCACGACACAUCUGCUUCUUCUUCGACUACGGAGCUCUGAGUCUCUACAGCCUGGGCUCUGCCAUAACAUAUUCUGCCUACGUGAUUCCUGAUAAGUGGGUGAACAGUUCGUUCCACCAGUACUAUAUCCCCAUCGCUGUGGUAAACACUGUCAUCUGUACCGCCUUAGCCUGCUACUCCAGGCUUGGUUUACCAUAUAUCCAAUAUAACCAUGACAUCAUAAAAAGAUUCUCAGAGUGUAAGAGCCCAAAGUUUGGCAAAUUUCUCCGCAUUCUAGCUUUCGCAUUACCCUACCUGUUCGACAACAUUCCUCUCUUCUACAGGCUCUUCUUGUGUGUGGGUGAGGGCUGCACUGACAACGAUACCAACCCCCUCCACCACACCCACAUCGCCCUGGCCUUCCUGACCGCAUUCCUCUUCGCCACACACCUACCAGAGCGCCUGGCCCCCGGCAGCUUCGACUACAUAGGUCACAGCCACCAACUGUUCCACGUGUUCGGCAUAAUCGGCACUCAUUUCCAGAUGGAGGCCAUUGAGCAGGACAUGGUGACGCGACGCCCGUGGCUCCUCAUGUACUCUCUGCCCAUCACCUUCACCAACACACUGGGGGCGGCACUGCUGAGUGUAACCCUCAGCCUUGGCAUCAUCUUCCUCUUUAGUCUGCCUCUGCUCUGGUCAGCCACCCGGGGAGAACACACUGAGAAGAAGACACAGUCACAUCCAAUAGCCAAGGGCUGCCAGUACCACUAGCACUAGCCAUCAGCUACAUGCUAAUGAUAAUGUAUACGGGAUGUAGGAACUGGAUGGUUCAGUUGGUGGAGCAUGGUACCUGUAAUGCCGGGAUUGUGGAUUUGAUUCACAGGGCCACCCACACGUAAAAUGUAUACAAGCAUGAAUGUAAGUCUCUUUGGAUAAGAGCGUCUGCUAAAUGGCAUAUAUUUGUAUUCUAUUACUAUGAUUAAACUGGACACUGUGGUGGGGAUGGGCUUGGGAGAAGAGGUGAACAACUGAAGUGAACCACUAUUGCUUCUUGGUGUUGGAUAGAGGUGAAGUCAUGACAAGAUACAAUGCUGAAGGAGCAAAGAACUGUUCUUCACAUUGUCAGCACGGAUGAAUAAACUGGUAGCUGAACAAGAGCUCCAUAUAUACUGCAAUGAGGGACAGACAGAGUUAGUGGUACCUCUGGUAGUAUUACAUUGACUAUAGGACAAGUACACAGUACUAAACACGUAGGCCUUGCUUUUGUUCGCUGAUUUACCAACGCUACUGAGGAUACAGGAAGAGACUGAAGCAGUUGGAAGUCACAAACUGUAUAUGAAGAAUCAAUCCACUGAGGAGCAGGAAGAGACUGGAGCAAUUGGAAGUCACAAACUGUAUAUGAAGAAUCAAUCCACUGAGGAGCAGGAAGAGACUGGAGCAAUUGGAAGUCGCAAACUGUAUAUGAAGAAUCAAUCCACUGAGGAGCAGGAAGAGACUGGAUCAGUUGGAAGUCACAAACUGUAUAUGAAUAAUCAAUCCACUGAGGAGCAGGAAGAGACUGGAUCAGUUGGACGUCACAAACUGUAUAUGAAGAAUCAAUCCACUGAGGAUACAGGAAGAGACUGGAGCAGUUGGAAGUCAAACUGUAUAUGAAGAAUCAAUCCACUGAGGAGCAGGAAGAGACUGGAGCAGUUGGAAGUCACAAACUGUAUAUGAAGAAUCAAUCCACUGAGGAUACAGGAAGAGACUGGAGCAGUUGGAAGUCAAACUGUAUAUGAAGAAUCAAUCCACUGAGGAGCAGGAAGAGACUGGAGCAGUUGGAAGUCACAAACUGUAUAUUAAGAAUCAAUCCACUGAAUGUUACAUGAAGAUGCAUUUUCAAUAUUCCUUCAAUUUAGUUUCUUUUUAAACACUAUUUUUAUACUAAAUAUAUUUGUCACUUGAUCAUUUUUUUAUACACAAACAAUGGAUAUGUACCACAAACACAACAACAAUUUUAGGACCACAGUCUGUAGCCUAAGGGCUGUUAAGUAGAGGGGUUUGGUAGUAUAUUGUGAACUAAAAUCAGCACUGAAGGAUACAAUAAGUUAUUAAUGAAGUGUACAGUAUGUAUGAUCGGCAGCUACUAAAGUGAAGGUGCCUUUUAGAGAUACAAAUGAUACAUGUCAGAUCGCGUUCCUGUAAACUGUUAAGUACAGUAUUAUUUAAAGCAUCACCAAGACAUUAUAGUUCUCCGUUACACAUUAAACGUUUUCUGUGGCUCCUGUAA